AUGAUUAAGGAUUCCAUGGAACAGGAUCAGAUCAAUGCGAAGAGCCUCAACAAUAUGGAAGAGCACCUGAGAUCGCUGGGCGAUCAUCGGGCUGCAAACUGUCUGGUCCAACGCUCCAAGGAUGCCUUGGACCAUUCCCUCAAGCAGGUGGUGCCCAUGCGGCAGCACAUUGAAGAGAUCGCCCAGCUUCUCAACGAGGUGGUGGAUCCUGAAAUUCAGGCAGAUGCUUCAAGCCUCACUUCCAUCAUGCUUUCUGUGCAAGACGAGUCAAAAGCUGCAUGUGCUAUUGCUGCAACCGGCACUGAGAAGUUUCAAGCAAUCACAAAGGAACUCCAAGAUAUCCAGGCUGAGUACCAGGCUACUGCAGCCGAAGCCAGGAAGCAAGUUGAGGAAGCUCAGGCGAACGUUGAGAAGUACAAGGAGAUGGCUGAGAUGAAACGAACUCGCCGCAAUGCCAGUGCGGCUAUUUUAGCCGUCAGCAGCACAGUUCCAGUUGCAAAGACAGGGGUUGCGGGUGCCUGUCUUGCUGUUGGUGCCGAGGCCACUGCUAGCAUCCCGCUGAUCGGCCCAGUCUUAACCACCACAACAGCAGGAGUUGCAGCUUUCAACCCUGUCGGAGUUGCGGUUGGGGUCGGCUUUGGUGCAGUUUUUGGGCUGAUUGCCAUCAAGUCAUAUUUCGACGCCAACGAUGCCUCUUACCAUUGCCAGCAGGCAUUAGAAUCAAAAGCAACAGCCGAAACGGAGGUAGAGGCUAAGCAAGGAGUGGCCGAGAAGGCUGAGGAAACCGAACAGGUUGCCGGCGCCAUGGUGGUCAAAGCCAGAGUUCACAAGGAGAUGUGGGGAGGGGUGGCCCAAUCUGCGGAGAAAGCUGCUACCACAUUCUCCACUCUGAAGAGGAUUGACCCUACAGGGGCUCGCCGCAAGCGGUUUGAGGACAAGAUGAAGGCAUAUGCUGAAGACCUGCUGUACUUCGUUCAGGCCAUCGAUCAGUACCUCUUCUUCCUCUACAAGCAGGGCUUCUUCCCUCCGACCUUCCGCAUUGAAAAUGCCAUGGGAAAGGAUAGGUUUCUGAAGGUGCAGAAGGAGUUCGAAGCCACCUAUGCGACGCCAGCGGCUCCCGGCCUCAAACAUGAGGCGACGGAGGCAAUGGAGCCAAUGGAUGGCUAGGAUUGGGGUCGAUUUCGCCGCCUGCUGCCAUGCUUGCAGACAAGUGGGCAGUAGGAGGGCUCUUGAAAUUUUGACCUUGGCACAUCCGACACAGGGAAGAUGCCAACGUAUUGAGCCGAGCUCGAACAUGGACAGCUUGAGGCUACUAAGAGUCUGGUAUGAGCCUUGAGGACCUUUUCGAGUUGACAGGCAUGGAGAGAAAAA